AUGCCUUCCCUCUCUUACUUGGCCCAAUUGGCCCUCGCCCCUGCUGCUGCACACGCGUUCAAUCUCUAUGAACAUCUGGGAAACCUCUCCCCAUACUUCACGCCAGCCAAUACUCCACCAUCUCUACUGUCUGGCAUUCCAGAGUCUUGCUCUGUCGACCGUGCUUUUUUGGUUCAUAGACAUGGUUCUCGACAGCCCAUCUCGUCGGAAUUGCCCACCAUCCAAAGCCUCUCAUACUACAUAAAUAACAACACUGCUUUAUUCNNAAAAAAUCCUCGGGGGCAAUUACCUUCAGAAUUCUCCUUCCUUACCAACGGAUGGUCUAGCAGUUUCACGCUCAACAAUCUAUCUGCUCCAGGUCGACAACAGUUGUUCGACCAUGGCGUGGCUCUCCGUCUGGAUUACCCCUCUCUGUACACCGACACAGUGCUAGCUGGCGAUCAGGACCGCGUAGUGGAAAGUGCCCAAUGGUUCAUGGACGGCUACUACGGUCGCUAUGUCGAAGAUGUAGCUAUUCUGAACAAGAUUGCCGAGGACAAUCUAACAGUCUCCUGGAUCACCGCAAUGGACACUUGCAAGUCUUGGGAAUAUAGCUCAGGAAAUGACUUGGUCACUGAAUGGGGUAAUGUUUAUCUGCCUGGAAUUGCCGCCCGCAUGAACAAAGCUCUGGCAAGUGCAUACCCUGGCGUCAACUUUACAGCCCAGCAUGCCCACGGAGCUCUCUGGGCAUGUGCCUAUGGCACUGCUGUGUAUGGCGUAGGUCGCAGCCCAUGGUGUGGCGUCUUCAAGCCUCAAGAAAUUCUCGAGUUCGAGUACGAGCUUGACCUACUCAUGAGAGGUGCUUUCGGCUACGGACUCCCAAACAACCAAGGCCCGGUUCUUGGGAGCCUGCUCGUCAGUAACUUGACCACCUUCCUCCAGAGCUCAAGCGGCCAAAACCUAUCCUUGAACUUCGCUCAUGAUACGACCAUCGAUCUCGGUCUCACUGCACUUGGCCUCGCCUACGACGAACAAUAUCCUGCCACUGGUCCUCCCAAUCCUUCUCGCAACUGGCGAACCAGUACCCAAGUUCCCUUCGCAGCUCAAAUGCUGUUUAAACGCUUGAGCUGCUCUGGCAAUGAAACUAGAAUUCAGCUCGAGCUCAAUGGGGCAAACUUCGAUCUUAGUCCAGUGGGCUGUACCUCUGAUUACUAUGGUAGCUGCAAGCUAUCCGAUUUCGUGGCAACAAAGCAUGUGCAGAUGGCAAUGAACAUCACGGAUGGUGACGCCGCUUGGACUGCCGCAUGUACGUAG